GCACUUUGUCGUCGGCGCGCUUUGCAACACACCCGGAUCGGAUCGGAAUCGAAAUUGGAUCGCCUCGACUAUGCCAUACUAUACUAUGCUAUACCAUGUCUAGCUGCGAUUAAAUCGUGAUCGCGAUCGCCAUCGGUAUUGGAAUUGCAAUUGAAAUCGGGACUCGGGGAGACCGAGAUUGUGGAGCUGCUGGUCAGGCAGUAUAAUUGCAGCAAUUUAAUGUGGACGCUGAACCGCUGACGCUGCUGUACGUAAAUACUUUUGAUGUUUCUGCAAUCGGAGACUCCAGCACGGCGAACAAAAGAACGUUUAGCAAAUUCGCCAAGUUCCCAAAAUAAAUGAGCUUCGGUGUUGAGUUACGCAAAGAAUGGUUUCCUAGUAGUGACUGACAGGUCUGCCCGAUCGGUAUCCCCAUUAAUUUCGUAUCUGACCGAUCUGAUCGACUUUGAUCUAAUCCGAAGGCAAGGUCGUUCGAGGUUCAUUCAAGCGAAGUCCCAAAUUGGUUAUCUGAGCCGCUUAGAAAACACGGUUAGGUUUCAGUUUCGGUUUUCAAUCGGUUUCUUUGGGCUUCUCGACUCUUCAGAUUGAAUUUAUUGAAAACGUGCUGGACGCGGAAGGAUAGUUGGUGAAAAAACGCUCAGAAAUGUGCCUUUAAAUCAGUGGCCAAAAAGUGAUGCAGUCAAUUUAAGACACAGUCUAUUAAUAUUCAGUGCGGGUCCAAAAAUGUCAAUCACCUGAUUACAAACGACAAACAAAAGCAGUGAAGUGCUCGAAUUCGGGUUGCAUAAAUAAGGCGACCGACCACAUGGAAAGUUGAAAUUAAAAGUCAGACUGUGAAGAUACGACGAUUUUUCACCGGAGUUCACAACGCAGCACUUUUUAACCAUUCAAAAGAAAUGGCUUCCACAAGUAGCAGUCAGCCGGAGAAGAACCGAUCACAUGUCCCGCUUUGCCGCCUGGGAACAGAGCCUGUCAGUCGCACGAGUGCCGCUGAGGAGCCCAGUGGGCAGAGGGAAUGCUACUACUACACCCCAGCUACCUCCCCGCACCACCACCAUCACCAUCAUCACCAGCACCACCAUCACCAUCGCCUGAAGCAGCACCACCGGCAUCAUCAUCAUCAGCAUCAGCAUCAUCAUCAACAGCAGCACAAUCAUCAGAACCAGCAGAUGCAGCACCACUGGCCAUCGCGACUGGGUCCAAUUGGUCCCUGGUUGGGCGCAAUGACCGCCUAUCGACUGCUGACAAUCAGCCUCCUAAUUGGCAUUCUGUGUCCACAUCACGUCCAGGGAGCGGACCCAAAGUUCGAUCCGACCACGCGCAUGCGCCUGGUUCUUGUGCCGGCGGACGCACAGGUCAACUCGGUAAUCUACAGGUUGCGUGCCACCGACGAGGAGUUCGACUAUCCGCUGACCUUCGAGUUCGUGGGCGAUGCCAGCGCCUCCACCGUCAAGGUGGAAUCGCUUCCCUGCACCAAGUACAAUUCCGUGUGCCAGGCGAAUAUCGUUCUCCAGCGACGACUGGAGCCGGGCAGAUACUAUGACUUCCAGGUAUCGGUGAAGGACACCAAGGGCGGGAUGACCACGCAACUCUGCUCAAUUACGGCCACCAAUUUCACCACGCCGCACGACCUCAUCUUCCCGCAUAAGCCCGGCAUCAUAAUGAUACCCGAGGAUGCUAAACGCGGCACGGAAUUGGAUUACGUAAUUGCGCGCAAGAAUCCACUGUUCCAGAAACCAGUCUACCUCGAGUUAUGGGGUUCUCCGCUGUUUGCCAUAAGACAAAAAAUCGUAUCUUCCGAGACCACAGAAGGCACCGUUUUCCUCCUGGGACCAUUAGACUUUGAGAAGCAAGCCAUGUACCAUCUAACGAUACUAGCCAAUGAUGCUUAUGCUGAGCCUGGUCAGGAUAGUCGCAAUAUAGCGGGCAUGGAGAUAGUGGUUAUCGUGCAGGAUGUUCAAGAUCAGCCGCCAGUGUUCACAUCUGCUCCCCCAGUGACCAAACUGCCACCGGGAAUACUGCCAGGCGAUAAGAUAUUGCAAGUCCAUGCCGAGGAUGGUGACAAGGGGAAUCCCCGGGAGGUUCGCUACGGCUUGGUAUCCGAGAACAAUCCGUUCACCUCGUUUUUCGACAUCAACGAAACAAGCGGCGAGAUCUUCCUGAUGCGACCCCUCGAGGACAUUGCCUUCAUCACGCAUGUGGGUGAUCCGGUGCUGCUCACCGUAAUUGCGGAAGAGGUUAAGGUGGGUCGUGACGAGCCGCCCGCACUGGCCUCCACGGUCCAAUUGGCGUUCUUUCUGCCCGAUCGCACCAAUUCGCCGCCGUACUUCGAGAACGAUCACUAUGUCUCGAGGGUGGACGAGAACGCCCCACAAGGCACCGCACUGACGUUCGUUGAUCCCUACGUGCCGCGGGUCUAUGACGAUGAUACGGGCAAGAACGGCGUCUUCUCGCUGACGCUGCUCAACAACAACGGCACGUUCGAGAUCAGCCCCAAUGUGGCGGAACGAAGUGCCGGGUUCCUUAUCCGGGUGCGCGACAACUCCAUGCUGGACUACGAGCAGCAGCAGUCGGUGCAGUUCCAAAUCCUGGCCCAGGAACUCGGUCCGGCGACCAAUCUCUCGGCUCUGGUCAACGUUACGGUGUACAUCAACGAUGUGAACGACAAUGCCCCGGUUUUUGAGCAGCCAGCUUAUUCCGUAGAGCUUCCCGAGAACAUGACGGCGGGCACAAAGGUGGUCCAAGUGCUCGCCACCGAUCCGGAUUCCGGAUUGGGCGGCAAAGUGCGCUAUACGGCUAUUCUAGGCUAUCUGAACACCUCACUGAAUCUGGACGCGGAGACGGGACUGAUCACGGUGUCCACCAACAAGCAUGGCUUCGAUCGGGAAGUGAUGCCCGAGUACCAUCUCUAUGUGGAGGCCAGGGACAUGGAUGGCGAGGGAAAUCGAGCUCAGGUGCCAUUAAUAAUCAAACUAAUAGAUGUCAACGAUGAAACGCCCAUCUUCGAUAAGGAUCUUUACGAGUUUAUACUCACACACGAUCUGAUGGGCUUCACGACCACUGCUGUUAUCCAUGCGGAGGACAAGGACGCCACAGCUCCCAAUAACGAGGUGCGCUACGAGAUCAUCAAUGGCAACUACGACAAUCAGUUUGUUCUGGACAAGGUGACCGGUGAGCUGACCGUUAGGGAGAAGAUCCACCUGCGCUCCAAGAAGAAUGCCAAGACGAGAAGACGUCGACAGGCGGGAUCGGAUGAUGAGGAUACGGAUAUAUUCAUCCUGACAGCCCGGGCCUAUGAUCUGGGAGUACCGGUGCGAUUCUCUACCACCACGAUUCGUGUUUAUCCACCGGAGAGCCGGAAGCGCACUGUCAAGUUUGUGGUGCCAGGACACAAUCCGGACAAGGCCAAAACCGAAGAAACCUUGUCGGCCCUCUCAGGCGGCAAGGUGUACAUCCAUAAUAUCCGACCCCUGAGACCCGAUGAGCCGGGUGCCAAGGAUAUACCAGCGGGAAAUCCGGGAAUCAAGGAGCGAAGCGUAGUGACGGCCACCGUGAUCUACGAUAGCUCCUCCGUGGUGGACAUAUCGGAGAUCCAGCAACGGUUGUCCCAUCACAACAACUCGUAUGCCAUUAUGCCGCAGGACACCUCCAGCACAGACACUCUCACUCCCCUGCAGACGCAGUACAAGGCCGAGAACAAGGUGCUCUUCUGGUUGCUCAUCCUGUUGGCCACCCUGGUGGCCCUGACCAUCCUGAUCCUGCUGCUCUGCUGCAUCUGCUCCUGGUGUCCACUUUACGGAGCGGCGACCAAAAGAAUAGUUAAUAUCAGUAGAACUGAAGACGAUGUGCAUCUAGUGCAUAGGGAAAUGGCAAAUGGAAAACAAACAAAAUCUGUUCAGGUCGCAGAGUGGAUGGGAAGACGCGAUGCCUGGUCAGCGGAGAAACCUCCAGAUACCCGAACGAAGCCCACCCGCUGGGAGUUCCACGAUGGACGUGAACAGCUUGACGAAGACGUAGGAAGGAGCCAGGAUAUCGGCGAAGGCGAUCGGCGACACAUCCAAUCCGCCGAGGAGCAGCAGCGACGUGUUCGCAUCAAGCAUAACCGCACAGCCAAAGACGACCUUCAUCUUAAUUUCCAUAACUCUAGGACUAAUCUGAUCAACGACCGCGACGUAUACAUGGAGGAUGUGAUUGAGAACCGCGAUCUGGCGGGCGAUAGGGAGCACAUCACCCGGACCCGGGUGAACAGGCAGGAGUACGCCCGGAGGAAGCAGUACGACUCGGAAGUGCGCCACAUCGACGAUGAUUCCAUGCGAAGGCACGAGAUUGAUCGAGGGAGUGACAUCGACUUUAAUACCGCCCACAAUAGUCUCAAAAGCAAAAGGGAGCUGUUCAUCAAGGAUGGCAACGUGGAGAUUCUUCAGCUGAUGACCAGAGAUAAGACUAGGGAUGGCCUAAACCUGGACGAUGACAACAUCUAUGUGAAUGUCCCGAUGAAACCGGCGGGUAAUCUCUCCCAUCCGCAGUUGCUAAUGGUCGACAACUCCGGCAAGGAGAUCCUGAUGCGCAGGUUCAUCGAAGAGCAGCCGGAUGGCAAGCAGAUCAUCAGAGAGCAUUAUCAGAUAGUUCCGGGCGCUACCUAUAUACAAUCCAUGCCCAAUGAGGUUCAGCAGGGAUCGACCCUAAAAGGAGAUACAUUCCCGCUGGGUAAAUCGGGACCAAAUAGCAUAGUUUACUCCCAACUGGAGCCGGAGGUGAAGGUCAUCCACACGCAGCCGGUGCAAGCAGGCGAAGGUGUUUCCCUGGAUCAGCAGAUGCAGCCAGCUGUCUCCAAUCAGUCACUUACCCACGAACUGGAGCACUCACUCAAGCAGCAGAAUGCACUCCUCCGACAGAUUUUGAUGGAAAAGGAGAAGUUGGAGAAUGCGUACACCCAACACGAAGUGGCAUUGGAAACGCAGAGUCUUCCCGGCCAGUCCAUGGCCAUAGGAACUCAGACGGAUUGCGAUGCUGGCACUCAGACAGAGGGAUUCGAUGGCGUUUUGGAUCCCGAAAUUUCACUGGCGAAACCAUCUCGCCGAAGAGCCCGCAGCGAAAACGACGAGUCCAUGUCGGAAGACGGAUACGAGUACGUGCGCUUCAAUCCGCCAAAUAGUCCCGAAGGAGUCUACUGGAUCAAGAGAAGGAGGACGAAAAAACGGCCAAGGCAGCCUCGCAAGAGGAUCGUAAUGGUGGAGGAGGUGAAACGCAAGAUUCGGACUCCCAUCAAAGAAGAAGAGGAAGUUCAGGAGAGGAAGAAACGUGUGCCACCCAAGAAACCUCUAAGGGAGACCAAAACGAGUAUCCUGCGCAAGCAGUUGAGUGACGAAAGUCGGAAGGACCAAUCCCGAAACAGGGAAAGCGAAACAGGCUAUCGCCACAGAUCCGAAUCGGAUUCCCAUAACCGCGAUAUGUUUAUGGAGAUAAGCGACUCCAUGGACGAACUGGCCAGUCCGGGAUCGCACAGCAUUCGGAAAAUACAGGUAGAGAAGUACUACAAGCACUCCGAUGCCGACUUCGAUGAGGAUGAUACGGAGUACUCUAUCGAUUCGGAUGGGGACGAGAUUGUGAUCAGAACCAAUUAUCCUAGUCGAGCGCAGGAGAACGAAAGGUACCGAAGGCAAGAAAAAACCUAUGUGGAGCCGGAAAACCCAGUAGAUCGCAAAAGGCCUCCAAGAAAGUCGUCACCAACGGAUUCCCAGCCAGAAGCCAUGCCGCGACUAUCAAGGCGCGAUAGCUCCAAAAGGGGUUCCAGGAAGCAGACAUCCUCAGAGCCGCCAGAUAACCGAGUGUCCAUCUCAAAGUACGAGUCCACGGUGACUGAGAACGGUAGGAAGCUCAUGUCCACCUCCACGGAAAUAGUUGGCUCCAAGCGAUCCCUAACCGAUCGCAGUUACCAGAGUGAAACAGAGCUGGCGGGCCUCGAACUCGAAGAACGCAAUGUACCCAAGUACAUGGAGUGGUACUACAACAAAAAGAAGUCAUCUGUUAGUGGACGCACCUCCACCGAGUCAUCAAAGUCACAGCCAUCCAGCAAGAAGAAGGUGGGAGCUGCGGAGAAGCGGGUUUCGAAAACCAGAAUCACGGCGCAACCCAAGGACGUUGAGGAAUAUGAUGAGACUGGUGGCCGGUACAAGCCGGAACCAGCGCCCAGGAAAUCUCCACCAAAAGGCAGUCGACUGCUGAAGGAGGACCGAGCCCUAAACAAGCAGCACAAACCAAAAAUCGAGACUGACACGAAUCACCCACUGCUCCAGCACUCGGAGCACCGUUUCGAAAGGGAGAACGCCCUAGAGGUCCCAGCUGCUCCCACCAAGCUGCCCCACUACAUGUAUCCCGAGACUCCGCCACAUGCAGCUGCCGGCGGAAAGGAAUCCAAGUCCGGCAGAGAGUCCAAGACCAGCAAGGAGGCCAAGCCCAAGCCCUCACCCAUCCGAGAAAACGAAGUAAAGGUGUCCAACUCAAAGAUCUACGUGGAGCAUCGCGGAACGGGGCAUCCUACACAGAAGCAGCUAAACGCAUCCACACUGGAGGAUGAUCACGAUUCCGGAAUAGCGAUGAACUCACUGCUCAACAGCCUGGGACGUCGCAAUCCCAUUGCCGAGAAGAAGAGCGUCUUCUCCAUCGCCUACGACGAUGUCAGCCGGGUGAAGAAGAUCAACUCGGGCGGAGAGUCGCCGCAGUACUCGUAGGUCGAUCCAUUCCAAGCCCCUACAAAAGAAAGGAACAAUCAUAUGUGAUAGCCUCAAAGGCUCCCUACCUGCGAAUCAUCGAACCAACACUAUCUGCAAUACUGUAUCAUAUACACCAAAAGCCAGCAUGUUACUCCAUAUUCGUAGUCUACGGGAUGUUGAGAUAUGUUCAAUUCGUUUCCGUGCACCGAAAAUACGUUAGGAUCGGGAUCCGGAUACGGAUCCGGUUAGCCGAUUUCAUUUUACUCAUAAGCCGACAGAUGUAGUUCAAAGUUUUAUAUCUAACGUUAUGCCUAGAUAAGUGGUAUGAUAUGGAUGAGAACGAUUGCUACUUGUCCAAUCUCGAGGUCUUGUCGCUCGAUUUGUACCACAAAUGUAUUCAACUCUAUCCUAUAUGCAUUAACUACUCUACUAUGUAUGACCAAAAUUGUUAAGAAUAUUUAUGUGGAUAGUGUCUAAUGGAUCUGUGUACAUAUAUACGUUUGUAGCUAUAGCCCAGAAGUCAUAACCAAGUGCUUUCCUACCAGAAACUUGUGCAAAUGUGUAUGUACGUAAGUUAGUGUAUAUUUUGCAGUCGAAUAAACAGAUGCCUGCCAUAUUGAAAACACUUGCGAAUAUAAUCUAAUAAAUCGAAAGCAAGUUUUUGUAAAUACUUUAAUUAAAUUUAAAUAAAUCCAA